AAGGCGGGGAGGUGGUGGUGACCACUGCAGUCACGGCUGGACAGCGCCUAGGCCGCAGUCCCCGGUACCCAGGCUUACCUUUGCCCUUUCCUCUCCUGUCUCGAGUCUCGACUUGAACCCCGCUGCCUCUGGGUUUUUCUAACGCAGCUAGUCAGACCCGGACUCAAGUCAUGCUCCCGGUGAAGGUAAAAGUGGAGAAAUCAGAGAUGGAGAUGGCCAAAGCUCGGAACCAGCUGGAUGCUGUUCUACAGUGUCUGCUAGAGAAGAGUCACAUGGACAGGGAACGUCUGGACGAAGAAGCUGGGAAAACCCCCUCGGAUGCCCACAACAAAGAUUGCUCUACCACUGCUACUGGCAAAAGGCCAUCUGCCCGCUUCCCCCACCAGCGGAGGAAGAAGAGGAGAGAAAUGGAUGAUGGGCUGGCCGAGGGGGGGACUCAGCGAUCCAACACAUAUGUGAUCAAGCUGUUUGACCGGAGUGUGGACCUGGCCCAGUUCAGUGAGAACACACCGCUGUACCCUAUCUGUCGAGCCUGGAUGCGCAACAGUCCCUCUGUGCGAGAGCGAGACCGCUCACCCAGCUCACCAUUGCCCCCACUGCCUGAGGAUGAGGAGGGUUCAGAGGUCACUAACAGCAAGAGUCGUGAUGUGUACAAGCUGCCUCCACCCACAGCCCCUGGGCCACCUGGAGAUCCCUGCAGAUCCCGAAUUCCAUCCCCACUACAGCCUGAGACCCAGGGCACCCCUGAUGAUGAACCCUCCGAGCCUGAACCUUCUCCCUCCACACUCAUCUAUCGCAACAUGCAGCGCUGGAAACGCAUCCGCCAGAGGUGGAAAGAAGCAUCUCAUCGGAACCAGCUUCGCUACUCAGAAAGCAUGAAAAUCCUAAGGGAGAUGUAUGAUCGGCAGUGAUGUUCCCAGCUCCCCUACCCCAAUAAACCUCCCCCCCAACCCA